UGCCUUGGAAAGCGCGAGUUUUCUCCACUUAAGCUGGUCAUCCAAGGCAGGGUCGUGUACAAGAUUGACAAAGGACUCGAAGGUGCGAGAGUUAAGGUGGAAUGCUUCACAGGCACAGGCGCUAAAGACGCCUAUGGAUACACCGAUUCCUCUGGAAACUAUGAGGUGAUGGUGAGCGGCCUGGGGAUUGGCACGGCUGAUAUCAGUUACUGCGCGACCUCUCUUGCCGGAGGUGGAAAAACACGCGAGAGAAGUAGCGAUCUUACUCUAAAAUUUGUGACAAAGAAGGAAGUAGUGCUCCAAGCCAAAGAUAUAGUGGCCACUUGAUAGAUAAUGUUUAAAUUAUGGCCGUUGGAUUGUCCCUAUAUUCUUGGUCGAUUCUUGGUCGAUUCCCUGGUUCUCUGGCAGGCUCUCUCCUGGUAAGUUUCUUCUAGCGGCUUAGUUCUUUCUUUUCAAUUUGUGGCUGGGUUUAGUUCUUUCGUUGCAAUUGGCUGGGUUAAAAUGGUUUUGGUGGAGUGUAGCGCAUGAUCUCUAAGUUUCGAAGAUUUUGGGGAGGGAUUUUUUCUUGCUGCGUGAUCACGCCGGUUUGGGUUGUCAAGGCGUGAUCUUUGUGAUCGAGCUAGCUUCGCGAGAUGGAUGGAAGAACCCUGGACAUGCUUACUUUGCAAACCAGGUGGAUUGAGAGAUCUUCCAUAGCGGACAUGUCCAUCAACGAGCUCUAUCUUCUCUCCCAGGUGAUGAGCACGUAUCCCCGCCAGUGGAAUGCGGCUCUCAAGCGCUCGCUUCUCAUGGAUAUCGCGGUUCUUGCGAACGAGAACAGAGAUGGCGACGUUCAUGCCCGGAUAAAUCGUCUCAACGAGUUUCUUCUAGCUCCGCUGGCCAGGAUAGUGCUCACCGAGAGAGAAGCGAUGAAGUCGUCCAGAGAGGCGGCGGCGGCGCGAGAGCAGCAGCUCAAUGCGGCGGUGGCGGCGCUGCAAGACGAGAAGGAGGCGGUGUCAAAGCAGCUCGAGGAGGAGAAGGAGCAAACCUUGCAGCAGAACAUGUUCAUCGAGACGCUCCUCAAUGAUAUGGACAAGAUGGCCAAACUUAGCGAUCACCGGAAGAAGAAGAUCCUCCAGCUGCAGCACACGUUGUUCGUCAAGGACUUGCAAAUCCACAGGCUUACGUCCGGCGAGCGGGAGCAGCCAGACUCUCAGGUCCAGAGCUUCGAAGACAGCAUCAAAGACUGCCUCCAGUGGGUUUCUGCAGCUGAAACAAAGACGACAAUGGUGUCUCUCUCACUGGCUGACGACCAGAGCUCGUCAAGAGCUCCGGUUUGCAGCACGUCAUCAGUCUCCAGCAACCUUGGAAGUGGCACGACCACGUCAGGCCCGGAUCCACAGAAGCAGAAACUUGAACAACAAAGCAUUCCAGUGUCACUCCAAGAUGACGUGGGGUUGCUCCAACUGCUUCUUGCCGGACUUUGGCACGAAGGCGUGACGAGCGUGAAGAUAAUACAAGACUCUGGUUUGUGCUCUGUACCGUCAGCAGUGGUACAUUUUUGGCUGGGACUUGCCAGGCACAUUGCGAGCCGCAUGGCAGAGACGGUACAAGACUCGGCCUUGGGAUUGUUUUCCCAGCUCCUGUAAACGUCAGCCAAGGGCCACAGUACUGGCCAGCCUAGGACACGUAAAACCUUGUCUAGAGCUGCAAUAAGCAGGACAAAAAGGAAAGCUGGAAGUUGCUAGUGA